CCCCGCGGAGGACCUGACCUCCAGCGGAAGCUCCUCCCCCGGGGCGGGGGGCGGAGCCACCGGGCAGGCCUGGCCACGCCCCUCGGCGACAACUUCCUAGCCGACUUGGCCAAUUGGAGCUCCGUUUCUUGCCGGGUGGGGAAACGUGUUCUCCAGUCAGCGAGCGCCGUCGUCGCUCGGGCAACAGCGUCCUAGCGACACCGCGUGGGCUGGGCCUCUGUGGCCAGGGGGCCCUGGAGUCCGCGCGCCGAGUUGGCUCCCAUGAGUCGGAGGAUUGAGAAAGGGGCUGGGCUGUCCACCUCUCCCGUGCAGAGAUCUCUGCAUCGCCCUUGCUGUGAUCCCUCCAGCUGACUGGCACAUGGAGACAGAACCAGCUCUAGCAGAAUGCUCAGGAGUCUGGGGCCCGCCCGGAGCAGGAAUCCACUGGGAGCCCACUGGCUGUUAAUAAGACAGUUGCUUUCGUAAAGCCUCUUGACUGGGAUCAAGUGAAUGUUUAAGGGAUUUAAUGUGCAAAAUGGCGGUUGUACCAGAUUGGCAUAUUAUAUGUCCUUACACACGGAAAUUCACACAUUCAAGACCGCACUCUUCACCAUGCAGAGUAUAUUCAAGGAGUGCUUUCCAAAAUAUGUUCAGACCGUCUUCAUCCACAACUGUUGCAAAUCCAAUACUGUCGUCCUUAGAUGUUAAACGGAUUUUAUUUCAAAAAAUUACUGAGAAAGGAGAUGAGUUGAAGAGAGCCUUUCACCUGCUGGACACGGCUAACAACAUGACGGUGACCAAGAGCGCACUGCGGAGGGUCCUCACAACCUUCCUGCUGCCUCUCACCAGGGAACAGUUUCAGGAUGUUCUGGCUCAGAUUCCCCUCACCAGUUCUGGGGCUGUUCCGUACCUUGUAUUCCUGUCCAGAUUUGGAGGAAUUGACCUGAAUAUCAAUGUUAUAAAGAGGGGAGGUGAGAAUGAAAUGAAUGGCUGUCGGACGUUAAAAGAGCUCGAGGCCCAAAUAGGAGAAAAGAUUUGCAAAAACAUUAAAACCGUCAUCAAAGCCCUUAUGCUCAUUGAUGUUAACACGACUGGUCUGGUCCAGCCACACGAGCUGAGGAGGGUUCUGGAGACCUUCUGUUUGAAGAUGAAAGAUGAGGAAUACAAAAAGUUUGCGCAACACUACAAUAUCGAUAAAGAUGCUGCAGUGGAUUAUAACGUUUUCUUGAAGAACCUCAGUUCAAAUAAUGACUUGAACCUUAAAUAUAAUAUAGGAAAUCAAGAGGUCCUGUGGGAGAAUCAACGAGUCAAAAGUUUCAAAAGAGAGGAACCCCCCAGUUCCGCUGUGUCUGACAGUAUCUGGAAGAACUACUCCUUGGAUGAAAUUGAGACGGCCUUUUGCCUAGAGCUUUCCAAGUGCUAUGAAAAGGUUGAAAAGGCGCUGAGUGCAGGGGACCCCUGCACAAGUGGAUAUGUGUCUUUGAAUUACCUAAAGAUUGUCCUCGACACCUUUGUAUACCGAUUACCAAGAAGAAUUUUCAUCCAGUUAAUGAAAAGAUUUGGACUUAAAACCACCACUAAAGUCAAUUGGAAGCAAUUUUUAACAUCAUUUUAUGAACCUCAAUAUGAAGCUAGCAAUAAAGCUCCCUUGACAAAAAGAAAUAGCAUCAACUUUAGAAAUCAGGUUCACAAGGAAAACAUUAUCACGAAGUUAUUUAGACAUGAAGAUCACGAUUCAUCGUUGAAGAAAGCACUGCUGCUCAUCAAGUCUAAACCUGACGGACAGAUAACAGGGCAAGAACUGCAACGCAUUCUAAAUUGCAUGGUGGUAAAAAUAAGUGAUUCAGAAUUCAGGGAACUAAUGCGAAUACUUGACCCUGGGUGCACCGGAUGUGUCAACGCCAGCAGGUUGACUGAGCUAAUUGAAGACAGCCCCAAGCUGCACAAAAUACCUGCCUAUAAAGACACCAAGAUGCCUCUCUUCCUGGCUUGGGAUUCAGUGGAAGAAAUUAUUCAUGACUCGAUUGCUAAGAAUCUGUCAGCUUUCUGUAAUAUGCUGCGGUCAUAUGACCUCGGAGACACAGGACUCAUUGGGCGAAAUAAUUUCAAGAAAAUCAUGCGUGUAUUCUGCCCAUUUUUAACAACUGAACAUUUAGUAAAACUCUGCAGUAAGUUUCAGGAUAUUGCUUCAGGAAGAAUCCUUUACAAGAAACUUUUGGCAUGCCUAGGAAUUAAUCGCCCGCCCACUGUCUCUCCAGUUUCCGUGCCAAAGGGUCAACUGUUAAACGAACAUCUUCAAAAAGAGGAGCAGAUGCUGCCAGACCAUUCUGAGAGAGCCACGCCCGCUGAGAGCCAAGGUGCCAUGACCAGGAACAUGACCAAGGAUGAAGUCAUUGAAAAGCUCAAAAGCUGUAUACGGCAGCAGGACCCAGCAUUCAGAAAACGAUUUCUUGACUUCACCAAGGAGCCUAAUGGCAAAAUUCACACACAUGACUUCAAGAAGGUCCUAGAAGAUAAUGGAAUGCCCAUGGAUGACGAUCAGUACGCUCUGUUGACCACAAAAUUAGGAUAUAAGAAAGAAGGGAUGAGUUAUCUUGAUUUUGCAGCAGGAUUCGAAGAUCCUAAGAUGAACGGGCCAGAAGUGACCCCACCCCAGACUCCAAUUCUUCCCAAAGGUGAGGUGGACAGCUCCUUUGUCACCGCUGAAGAGUGCCUGAGACAGUUCCCCCGGAGACUGAAGGAAUUCUUCCGGGACCCGUACGCCGCCUUCUUUAAGAUGGACACUGACAGGGACGGCAUCCUCACCAUGCACGACCUCCACCGCCUGCUGCAGCACCUGCUCUUCAACCUGAAGGACGAGGAGUUCGAGCGCCUCCUGGGCCUUCUCGGCCUGAGGCUCAGCAUCACGUUAAACUUCCGGGAGUUCCGGAACCUGUGCGAGAAGAGGUCGUUCAGUGCAGGUGACGACGCGCCCCAGAGACUGCCCAGACCAAAACAGAAGGUUGCAGAUUCAGAACUAGCUUGUGAACAGGCGCAUCAGUACCUUGUCACCAAAGCAAAAACCAGAUGGUCAGACUUGUCUAAGAAUUUUAUAGAAACCAACAGCGAGGGCAACGGUAUCCUUCGACGACGGGACAUGAAGAACGCGCUGUACGGCUUUGACAUCCCCCUCACGCCGAGAGAGUUUGAAAAGCUCUGGAUGAGGUACGACAGUGAGGGAAGAGGGCACAUCACUUACCAAGAAUUUUUGCAGAAACUGGGGAUUAACUACUCAGCAGAUAUUCACCGGCCCUACGCGGAGGAGUACUUUAACUUCAUGGGUCAUUUCACGAAGCCUCAGCAGGUGCGAGAAGAGCUGAAGGAGCUGCAGCAGAGCACAGAGAAGGCCAUGCCAGCCAGGGAUAAACUUAAGGACCACAAUCAAGAUAUCAGCAAAGCACUCGCCAAACUAGAUAAAUCCAGAACUGGCUACAUAUCCUUGGGCAGGCUGCAGAGGCUGCUGCAGGAGUGUGGCUGUUCUCUGAAGGAAGAGGAGCUGAUCGAUCUUCUAAACAGUUGGGGAAUCGCCUGGCACAAUAACUCCAUCAAUUACCUUGACUUCUUGCGAGCGGUGGAGAACAGCAAGCCAACAAGACCUCAGUCCCAGGAGAAAGAGGAGAGCGUGCUGAUCAAUUUUGCAGCCCUAAAUCCAGAGGAGGUUCUGAAGAACAUCCAGGAAGUCGUCGCCACCUCCAGUCUGGCUUUGUCAACGGCAUUUUCUGCAUUGGAUAAAGAGGACACUGGGUUUGUAAAGGCUUCAGAUUUUGGACAGGUUCUUAAGGACUUCUGUUACAAACUAACAGAUAACCAGUAUCAUUAUUUUUUGAGAAAACUCAGACUUCAUCUCACCCCCUACAUAAAUUGGAAAUAUUUUCUCCAGAACUUCAGCAGUUACGUUGAGGAGACCGCUGUGGAGUGGGCUGAGAAGAUGCCCAGAGGUCCACGGCCCUUAUCGCCCAAGGAAAUGGCAAACCAGGAGCUGCUGGCUCGCCUGCACAAGGCCGUGACCUCCCACUACCACGCCAUCGCCCAGGAGUUCGAGAACUUUGACACCAUGAAGACGAACACCGCCUCCAGGGACGAGUUCCGGUCCAUCUGUACUCGCCACGUCCAGGUUCUGACGGACGAGCAAUUUGACAGGCUCUGGGAGGAGAUGCCCGUCAACUCCAAGGGGAGGCUGAGGUACCUGGACUUCCUGAGCAGCUUCAACGUGGACAAGCCGGCCACGCCACUUGCCACGGGUGACUCAGCCAAGGCGCAGAGAGGGAGCAGCGUCCCCGAGGUCUCUGGUCCAGACCGGGGCUGGUCUGCAGGGUCGUCGCCCACUCACGACCCAAAAGCGGGGUCCAAGCCACGGAGUCACCCCUGCACCCCCUCAAGCGUGAGCGGGACCCCACCCCUGCAGAACUGCGAGCCCAUCGAGACCAAGCUUCGCAAGAAGGUCCAGGGCUGCUGGCGCGAGCUGCUACGCGAGUGCAAGGAGAGGGACCCCAACAAGCAGGGCGAGAUCCCUGGCCCCGAGUUCCUGGCUCUCGUGGAGAAAUUCAACCUGGACAUCAGCAGAGACGAGUGCCAGCAGCUCCUCGUCAAGUACGACUUGAGGAACAACGGGAAGUUCGCUUAUUGCAGCUUCAUCCAGAGCUGCGUCCUCCUGUUAAAAGCAAAGGAGACCUCGCUGAUGCAGAGAAUGAAAAUCCAGAACGCGAAUAAAAUGAAAGAAGCCGGCGCUGAGACCUGCUCCUUUUACUCUGCCUUGCUUCGGAUUCAGCCCAAGAUCGUGCACUGCUGGAGGCCGAUGCGGCGCACAUUCAAAGCCUACGACGAGGGCGGGACGGGGCUUCUCAGCGUGGCUGACUUCAGGAAGGUCCUGAGGCAGUACAGCAUCAACCUCUCCGAGGAGGAGUUCUUCCACAUCCUGGAGUAUUACGACAAGACUCUGUCUUCAAAAAUCUCCUACAACGACUUCCUCAGGGCCUUCCUCCAGUAGGGGCCCCGCACCGUGAGCCCAGUGAGGACAGACAGGGACCGCAGGGCCCGUCCCCACGCCCCAGGAAAUCUAUCAGCAGAGGGUCUCAUGAACGUCCGGGGCAUCCCCCCAAGCUCAGCCCACACCCGCACCCAACCUGCAUCUUUGUGAAGUCAGCCCAGGCCUGGGCUCCAGGGUUGGCAGCGGCCGCUCUGGAAGGCCCUGGGCUGCCCCACUGAGCUCAGGACCCCUCUUAGUCUGAGCAGAUUAAAAUGUUAGCCUUUGCAAGAAUGAUUCUUGAGACUUUAAAAGAACCACCAACAAUAAACUUGGAAACUCA